UCGGGGCCGCGGGACUCCGGGCUCAGUCAGAGGGAGCGGCCAUCUUCAAACGGAUGCAGAGGCACGGGCCCGGGUUACCGAUGGCGUAACCGGAAGCGCUUCAACCAGUGUAUCCCGCGGAAGUGCAGGGUGCCACGCGCGUUGGAGAGCUUGCCGCAGCGGCGACUCUCGGCACGGUUACGCCUGUGAAGUGUUUUUCUCCAAGGGCGGGGGUGCGUGGGGGCACGGUGCGGGAGACGACGAAGAUGCUAGCCGGGUAGCGGGGACCGCCGGAAUGCUGUCGCCGAACGCGGAUGACGGUGCCUCGGGCAGGGGCCCCAUUCGAUGGCGAAGAAGGCCGUCGGCUCUGCUGCUGGCGUGGAUUACGUUCCUUCUCCAGAAUCGACAAGCGGCCGCCCUCGAGCCGGUGCGGCUGCAGCCCCUGCACUUCCUGCGCUCGGUGGCGGCCGGGGACAACGUGCAAACCAUGUGCGCCGUGCAGAGCGGCGACGAGGUGGACUUCUCGUGGCGCAAGGACGGCCAGCCCCUGUCGGCCAGCGGCCACCGGCUGGUCAUCCACUCGCUGCCCACCACCUCCAUCCUGCUCAUCAAGAACGCCACCGUGUUCGACGCCGGAAACUACAGCUGCGUCGGUCGCAACGCGCUCGGCCAGGACAGCGUCACCGCCCAGCUCAGGGUCGAAGGCCAACCGCAUUGGCUCAAGGAACCACCGAAAGAAGUUGUCGUGGCCCUCGGCGACUUGGCCACCCUCCGUUGUGACGUCAUAAGCUUUCCCCACGCGAGGGUCACGUGGUUCAGAAUAGGCGAAGACGCCGUGGAGGAGCCGCCAGGUCCUAGGUGGCAGGGCGCCGGCGAGACGAGCAUCGAGCUGAGCAGCGUGUCCAGACAGGACGUGGGCACGUACCGCUGCCGAGCCGACAAUGGACUCGGCCAGAUUUCGGCCGAUAUCCAGCUCGUGGUACGGGGUGAGUAUGCGCAGGUGCUAGCAAACGCGCUGUACGCCGGCCAGCCGUCCCGGUCUCAUAACUGAGCAUUGCGGGAGCUCGACAGAUCCAAGGUGCUCUGAUCGAUGGCUGACAGAGAUUAUGUCCAAGUUCACACUUCAGGUUCCUGGACAGGUUCAAUCCAUUUAUGGUCAAGCUUCCGUAAAACUGUUCAGGAGCCUGUCAAUGAAGUGGGAACUAAUGUAGCUAUAAGUGCAUGAAGGAGCGUGUGAGUAUACGUGCGUGUGCGCAAGUGACUUUUG